AUGGCCGCGGCCUCCUCCCCGCCCAGGCCAGACAAGAAGCGCUGGGGCUGCGGCCGCCUGCCGGGCUCCCGGCGGGGCAGCACGGGCCUGGCCAAGAAGUGUCCCUUCUCCUUGGAGCUGGCGGAGGGCGGCCCGGCGGGCGGCGCGCUCUACGCACCCAUCGCGCCGCCUGGCGCCCCGGGGCCCGCGCCCCUCGCGUCCCCGGCCGCGCCCCCGCCCGCCGCUGACCUUGCCCCGCGGCCGGCCGUGAGCCUCGACCCGCGCGUCUCCAUCUACAGCGCGCGCCGCCCGCUCCUCGCGCGCACCCACAUCCAAGGCCGCGUCUACAACUUCCUCGAGCGCCCCACCGGCUGGAAGUGCUUCGUGUACCACUUCGCCGUCUUCCUCAUCGUCCUGGUCUGCCUCAUCUUCAGCGUGCUGUCCACCAUCGAGCAGUACGUCGCCCUGGCCACAGGCACCCUCUUCUGGAUGGAGAUCGUGCUGGUGGUGUUCUUCGGGACGGAGUACGUGGUCCGCCUCUGGUCGGCCGGCUGCCGCAGCAAGUACGUGGGCGUCUGGGGACGGCUGCGCUUCGCCCGGAAGCCCAUCUCCAUCAUCGACCUCAUCGUGGUCCUGGCCUCCAUGGUCGUCCUCUGCGUGGGCUCCAAAGGGCAGGUGUUUGCCACCUCUGCCAUCAGGGGCAUCCGCUUCCUCCAGAUUCUGAGGAUGCUGCAUGUCGAUCGCCAGGGAGGCACCUGGAGGCUGCUGGGCUCUGUGGUCUUCAUCCACCGGCAGGAGCUCAUCACCACCUUGUACAUCGGCUUCCUGGGCCUCAUCUUCUCCUCGUACUUCGUGUACCUGGCCGAGAAGGACGCCGUGAACGAGUCGGGCCAAGUGGAGUUUGGCAGCUACGCGGAUGCUCUGUGGUGGGGGGUGGUCACGGUCACCACCAUCGGCUACGGGGACAAGGUGCCCCAGACGUGGGUCGGGAAGACCAUCGCCUCCUGCUUCUCCGUGUUCGCCAUCUCUUUCUUCGCGCUCCCAGCGGGGAUUCUCGGCUCUGGCUUCGCCCUGAAGGUCCAGCAGAAGCAGAGGCAGAAACACUUCAACAGGCAGAUUCCAGCAGCAGCGUCUCUCAUUCAGACGGCCUGGAGGUGCUACGCGGCCGAGAACCCAGAGUCCUCCACCUGGAAGAUCUACGUCCGGAAGCCCGCCCGCAGCCACACCCUGCUGUCCCCGAGCCCCAAGCCCAAGAAGUCCGUCAUGGUAAAGAAGAAGAAGUUCAAACUGGACAAGGACAACGGGCUGAGCCCCGGAGAGAAGACGCUCGUGGUCCCCCACGUCACGUGCGAGCCCGUCUCAGAGGAGCGGAGGCCAGACCACUUCUCCGUGGACGCAGGUGACAGCCUUGCCAAGAAGAGCCCCAUGCUGCUAGAAGUGAGCACGCCCCACUUCGUGAGAACCAACAGCUUUGCCGAGGACCUGGACCUGGAGGGGGAGACGCUGCUGGUGCCCAUCACCCACGUGUCACAGCUGCGGGAGCACCAUCGGGCCACCAUCAAGGUCAUUCGGCGCAUGCAGUACUUUGUGGCCAAGAAGAAAUUCCAGCAAGCUCGGAAGCCCUACGACGUGCGGGAUGUCAUCGAGCAGUACUCCCAGGGGCACCUCAACCUCAUGGCUGGACCAGUCCAUCGGGAAGCCCUCCCUCUUCAUCUCUGUCUCAGAGAAGAGCAAGGACCGAGGCAGCAACACGAUCGGGGCCCGCCUCAACCGGGUGGAAGACAAGGUGACACAGCUGGACCAGAGGCUGGUGCUCAUCACGGACUUGCUUCAGCAGCUGCUGUCCUUGCACCACGGUGGCCCCCCGGGCGGCCGCACCCCCAGUGGGGGCGGGGCUCAGGUGCUCCAGCCCCACGGCCCCAUCAACCCCGAGCUCUUCCUGCCGGGCAACGCCCUGCCCACCUACGAGCAGCUGACCGUGCCCCGCAGGGGCCCCGAGGAGGGGUCUUGAUGGGGGCUUGGGGCCCCAGGCCUUCGAGGGAAGGCCCAGAGGAGCCCGGUCCAGCCGGGCCCACCUCCCACCCAACAGGGGCACCCCUGGGUCACUGGCUCCUCCACGAAGGCCCAAGAGAGCAGCCCCUCCCUCGCAGGCCCCGACCCCCCACGGCCAUGCUGUCCUGAGAGCCUGCUCUUAAGGCGUCACUGAGGCCGCCUCUCCCCAGCCAGCAGGUACUCGAACUUGGCUGGGUUUGGGGGCCGUCUCAGCUCUGAGACCAUACCAUGGACCCCGCGUCACUCGUAGGGAGGUUGGGACACAGUGGCUGGGCUCAGGCUGGACCCCCCGGGUCUGGGCACCCUGGGCACUUGGUCCACCCCAUGUGGGGCCAAGAAACAGCACAGGGGCCUGCGUGCCAGCCCACCCUGGCAGGCCCCAGGGGGCUCCCUAAGGGGGACAGAGACGGUCUGGACAGGGUCUGUGGGCACCACACCCCCGGGCUCAAACCAAGACCCCUGGAGAAGGCAGGCAGGGCAGGGCAGGCCCAGCCCAUGCCAAUUUGAGGAUGCCAGGAUGGAGGCCCCGGGCCGGCCCUGCUUCCCGCUCUGCAGAGAUGCCGGCUCGAGGCCGGGCUGUGAGGGAGAGGACCCUGCAGCCACAGCUUCGGGCAGGAGGACCAGCCCCCCGCGGCCCCCGGAGUGCUCCCCUAGGGUGGAACAUCCCCCACUUUGGACUGGCUGCUGCCCCCCGCCCCCUGUGCACGGCCCCUGCCUCAGCUCCCCGCCGGGUCCGGCUGCUGGUGGUGGGGGAGCGUGAGGGCAUCACAGCCCCCGCACGGGACAGGGGCUCCUCCUGGGCGUCGUCUCACAGAAAUCAGAACAAUUUAAGGUGAUUUGGAAUCUGUGUUUUAAUGAGUUUCACAGUAUGAUUUUGACUGUUAAUUGUGACAUUUUUCCUAAUAAACAUGGAGUCACUGA